AGAAUGAUGUGAAAUAACACAAAAGAUAUAUCGUCCUACCCCUAGUAUCGAUAUUUAAAAACAUUGGGAAGCUGGGAGUCGUGUCAGUUGACGUCACUAACGAUUGAGCGAGCAUCUCUGUGGUUUGUGCUGCUGCUUACACUUAAAUAUGGACGGUUGUUAUCAAUAGCACGAGCACAAGUAAAUAAAUUACUGUUCGGCUAUAUUUGUUAAUUACUCUAAAAUACAAAUAAAUACGCCGAUUGAAAAAUAUUUAAAAAUGUAUCUUUUUGUAUCAAAGUGUACGUGAAUAAGUGAUAAAUAAGCUAUUAUAAAUAAAAAAGCUUCUCUUACAUAAAAGUAGCUCGACAAAUUUUUGAUUUAAUUGUGUUAACUUUUGUUUGUAAACAUAAAUAAAUUUUUGAGUCUAAUGGCUUCCAUCGUUCUCCGAUCGUUGUCUAUUCUUCUUGGAAUCUUUUUCAUAUUUGUAGGAACAAUUAAGGUUACAUCUUACUUAAAUAAAGACCUUCAUAAAGAUCUUAGAAAAGAGUAUGUCAAAUACGCCAAAGUAUUUCCACUAGCGGAGCUUUUAAACUUUAAAGUACCAAGCAAGUGGUAUCGACGUGUUGUUGGAUCUCUAGAAAUUAUUUCUGGCCUAGCAAUGGCCAUUAUCCCUAAUCGAAAAAUCAAGAAUGUAGCUAAUGUUAUUUUACUAAGCUUGAUGCUAUUGGCAGUUUAUUCACAUUACCGACUUAAUGAUAAAUUAGAAAGAACAGCACCAGCAUUGGUAUUUUUGUUUAUGCUUAUGGGUAGACUGGUGAUAGAUUUCCAGCUAAGUCGGCAAAUGAACCAAGCAGCUACAGUAAAUGGAGUUGAUGACAGAGCUAAAAAGCAAGACUGAAAGAUUCAUUAAUUGAAUAAAUAAUCAUUAUUAAAGAUUUAAA